AUGGACCUAUCCGACGAGGACUUCGACUCUGGAGACGCUCUCUUUGACGAUGUUGAUGAAAAUGACCUCAUUUUUGACGAACUCGAAGAGGCGGGACUGAUGAAUCCCAUCAAGAAGCAUAGCAGAGACAAGGAGAAUGAUGUUCAAGAUCAAGCACCUGCUAAAAAGGCGCGACAUGGGCCCCUCGGUAGUUCCAAUGGCCGACUUGGCGAGACACAACGAAUUCAGCUUGCGCGAAAGCUGUUGGCCGACAAAUUUGGCUACAAAGAGUUUCGCCAUGAGCAAGAGGCUACAAUCGCCAGACUUCUCGAUGGAGAGAAUGCACUUGCGGUCUUUCCGACAGGCGCCGGAAAGUCACUUUGCUACCAGAUCCCUGCCAUCGCGUUUCCAGAAAUGGACCGCCAGACCAAAGAACGACAGACCAAUGACUCGGGUAUCACUAUCGUCGUUUCGCCUCUCAUUGCUCUGAUGAAGGACCAGGUUGAUGCACUCAAGCGGAGAGGCAUCGCAGCAGAGUGCAUGGACUCCACGAAAAGCUGGGAUGAAAUUCAGAAGGUCAACAAGGAUCUGCGAGAGGGACAGCUACGUCUACUGUAUUGCGCUCCCGAGCGCCUCAACAACGAAGGUUUCGUUGAGACGAUGAAGCGGGUCAAGGGAGGAGUUAGAAUGAUUGGCGUGGACGAAGCCCACUGCAUCUCAGAGUGGGGACAUUCUUUUCGCCCUGACUAUCUGAAGGUUGCCCGGUUCGUUCAGGAGAUCAAGGCCGAGCGAGUCAUCUGCCUGACAGCCACCGCUACACCACCUGUCAUCAAAGACAUCUGCCAAGCCUUCGACAUUUCCGACGAGGGUGUUUUCAGAACAUCAGUGUACCGCCCCAAUCUUCGACUCGAAGCCGAGGCUGUUAAGGCCAAGGACGACAAGUAUGAGCUCCUGUUCAAGUUCUUGAAAACGCACCCGGGCUCGACACUCAUCUAUACGACUCUCCAAAAGCAAGCCGAAGAACUGGCGGCGCAUCUCUCGAAGCAGGGGGUCCCCGCCGCCCACUUCCACGCCGGUAUGAAAGUUGAUGAGAAGAGACUGAUUCAAGAUGAUUUCAUGAGCUCCAGAAUCCAAACGGUAGUUGCAACCAUUGCAUUUGGCAUGGGUAUCGACAAGUCAGAUAUCCGAAACAUCAUCCACUGGGAUAUCCCGAGUACCGUCGAGGAGUACUGCCAACAAGUCGGUCGUGCCGGUCGUGACGGCAAGCCAAGCUAUUGCAUGCUCUACCUCUGCCGAGAAGACUUUUGGAUCAAAGAGAACUUUGCGCGUGGAGACCUACCGUCCCGCAACUCGUUGCGCAACCUCCUCAAGGAAAUAUUCGAUGGCGAUGUUGUCAAACUGCCGCCCGGCGAAACUUUCAAAGUCAGUCACUACCACCAGUCAUCGCAAUUCGACAUCCGCAUGAGUCCUCUGAGUGUCAUCUACGCUGCGCUGGAGGUCAGGUUCAAUCUCAUCCGCGCGACAACGCCAGAGUACAGUUCUUACAAGUUCGAAGCACAUGGACAAUACUACCCCCGUCUCAAGAGCAUGAACACUCCAGAAAGCAAGGCUAUUCUGAAGCACGCCAAGAAGGCCAAAAAGUUCCACUUGAUUGACCCAACGAAGGUCGCCAACGACGAGGGUUUACGGCGGAACGAGAUCAUCAACCUCCUCAAUGAUCUCAACAACAGCGGAGCUAUCGUCCUCACAGUCGGAGGAGUCGAGCAGAAGUACAAAGUGAUGGGCAAGCUACCAAAGACAGACACAGCAAUCGACGAUCUCACAGACAAGCUCUACGACGACCUUAAGAGGCGCGAGAAGCAGGCUCUCCAUAGACUUAAAGAUGUCAUCAAUUUCGUCACAACCUCUAAAUGCUUCGGCCUCUCCAUCGCACAGCAUUUCGGCAUGGAUCUUCCAGAGAAUAAGAAGAAGUGCGGGCACUGCACGUUCUGUCUCGGAGGCACAGCCGUGAAGCUGCCGCCGUCGUCGCCCAAGCAGGUCGACCGAGCAGCGAUCAACAAGGUACUGAUAUCAACAGACAUCCGAGACGAUGCUCGAUUUCUGGCGAGGAUUGCGUUUGGGAUAAAGAGCCCGCGUGUUGGCAAGUUGAAGCUGGACAGGUCUCCAGCGUUCAUGUCAAUGGCAGAUCACGAUUUCGAUGCAAUUUUGAAGGAGUUCAAGAAGGCUUGUCACGAAAAGGACGAAUGA